UUCUAGUGAAGUGUUUAUUUCAACUGAGACUCGCGGGGGUGGGGGGUAUUUGAGUUGGCGUUUUUUAUAAGCUAGACGCGUAUGCUAAUAAAUAUUGUUAUGUAUCAAAUAUACGUGAUCGCAAAUGAAUUGAUUAAAAAUCAAUAUACUUAAGAUAGGCCUAAUAAUUAUUUGAUUAUUGUACAGUGUGUGAAUUAACCAAGCAAAUACGAGAGUAUAAUAUAGCAGAACAUAUUGCAAGGAAGUUGAAACCACCAGAAAGCCAGGAAACCACAUCUAUGUCCGUAUCACCCAGUUCUGCAGCAUCUCCAAUGAAAACACCAGAAGCAGCUACAAGUCUAACUUCAGAGGAAAGAGAAAUUUCUGAUGUGUCUCAUAGCGCUGCGAAUGUAUCGACAAGACAGUUUGAUAGACUCCCAGAAAUUUUUAAGAAAGUUGUUGCUAAACUUGAAAAACCCGGCCUUUUUAAACGAUUCUAUAUGAAAAUAACGAGAAAGAAGACUACUGACAAAAUACCGAGUGAUGUAACAUGUAUAUGGGAUUAUGCAGGCCAAAUCUCAUAUUAUAUAACUCACAGGUUUUUCUUGACAGAUGGAUCGUCAUAUGUCGUUGCUUUUAGUUUGUUUGAGCCUUUGAAUGAAUUGGCAGAAUCAAGAGGUCCACUAAAAGAUAAGUUUGUAAUGACUAAUCUCCAAAUGAUUAUUUUCUGGAUACGGUCAAUAUAUGAGCACGCUGUACUACAAUAUAAUGCAAGUACGAAAUUGAUAAAUGACACUAUAGCCUCACCCACAAUCAGUUUGGUUGGCACUCACAAAGACAAGUUAGAGGGAAGUGAGGAGGAUAAACAGAAUCAGAUUGAAGCAAUAUUCAAAAUAAUAUUUGAAGAAAUCAAAGGGAUGCCAUUCGAACUUCACGUAGACAGAACGAUGUAUUUUGUAGAUAAUACAUCAGCAAAUGACAAAGGGAUUGAAGAAUUGAAGAAAAAUAUCGGAGGUUACACAAAGCAAAUGGCAAAAACAGUUCCCACAAAAUGGGUUGAUUUCCAGUCGAAAAUCCAAGAAGUCGGGAAAACAACACUGCGCAUGUCCUUAGACGAGGUCAAUGAGAUUGCUGUUGAUUAUGGAAUUCCGAACGAAAACACCAUCCACAUUCUCAACUAUUUAAGUGAUUGCGGAAUCAUUAUGUAUUCGCCAACUAACAUGAAGUUGAAGAACACUGUGAUUACUAACGUCCACAUGUUGAUUGAAAUCUUCACAAAAGUAAUCAUAACAAAAGAUAAGAGACCUGCAAUGAUGAAAUCAUGGCAUCUGCUUGAUAAAGGCAUUUUGAGUGAGACAUUGCUGCGUCAUCUGUGGAAGCAUGAGUUAAAGGAAGACAAAAGCAACUUUGAAGUUUUUAUAAAACAGAUGAAGGUUUUUGGACUGCUCUUUGAAAAACAGAAGCAAUCUGAAGAAGAUGAUCGAACAUUCAUCGUCCCUUGUCUAAUGAGUAUCGUUAAGGACAAGAACAUGGAAGUUGAGAAAGACAAAAAGGAGAUGGUAUCAAUCUACGUGACUCCAACAGACUUCCUCCCUGAUGCUGUCUACAGUGUAUUAGUCGUUGCCUUUGUCGACUUGAUGAAGAAGAAAGGUAGAAGCGAUGAUGCGGAAUUGUUUCAGAACCGUAGCGACUUUGACUUUGAUGAUGAUCACUUAGUGAGUCUGGGAGCCGUCAAAAUCAAGAACAUGCAUGCAUUGAAGAAUUUAAAAGUAGGUUUUAGUAUUCCAUGA